AAAAACAGAGGCACAGAGUGUCACAGAGUGUGUGAAAUUUCCUUGUAGCAACACAAUUCACAAAGUUACGUGCCAUGUGACAAAUACUAUUUUUUAUUUUUCUCUUUUUCCCACCUUUUACAAAGCUCACUUUAUAAAACUCAAAUAAUCUGCACGAAACUCAUCACUUUCAAUUUCUAAACGACAUAAAUCAAGGUAAAAAAAAGGGGGAAUAAAAACACAAAAAAAGGGUUCUCGAGUCUCGACUUCAUGAAAAAAUGGCUUCAGACAACCAAGAAAAUGUCACCUUUCUGAAGAGAGUUGGUGAGUGGCUCAAGGGCACUUUGGGAAGAACUGUGAAUGCUGUGAUUAAUACUGCAAAAGAUGCCAAGAGACUUGGAGAAGAAGAUCCCAGAAGAAUUGUGCACUCCCUCAAAGUGGGAUUAGCCAUAACUGUGGUGUCUUUGUUUUACUAUUUCGAUUUUCUGUAUCAAGGGUUUGGGGUUAAUGCAAUGUGGGCUGUCAUGACUGUGGUUGUUGUCUUUGAAUUUUCUGUGGGAGCAACUCUUGGAAAAGGGGUAAACAGAGGAAUUGCAACAUUAUUAGGCGGCGGAUUAGGUGUUGUGGCUCAUCGGUUAGCAAGCUUCGCAGGCGAAAAGCCAGAAAGUAUCAUACUUGGGCUAUCUGUUUUCUUGAUAGCUAGCAUGACAACAUUCAUUCGUUUUUUCCCGAAAAUGAAAGCGAGAUACGAUUAUGGGUUGCUUAUAUUCAUCCUCACAUUCAGCCUAAUAUCUGUAUCGGGCUAUCGACAAGACGAGGUUCUUGACAUGGCCCACAGGAGGCUUUCCACAGUCCUUAUAGGUGGCUUGGCCACUAUCUUCAUUUGCAUAUUCAUUUGUCCUACUUGGGCUGGUGAGGAUCUUCACAAACUCACUGCAGCCAAUAUAGAAAAGCUAGGGGCUUUCUUGGAAGGUUUUGGACGAGUGUACUUCCCAGAGCCGAAUGAGGUGAACUUGGAGAACAAAAUGCCUAAGGAUGAAUACAAGAGUGUUCUCAAUUCAAAGGCCAUUGAGGAUACUUUGGUAAAUUUCGCGAAAUGGGAACCAAGGCAUGGUAAAUUUAGGUACCGCCAUCCUUGGGACCAAUACCUCAAGAUCGGGUCUUUAACCAGAGAAUGCGCGUUCAAGAUCGACUCACUCAAUGCAUAUCUCAGAUCAGAUGUUCAGACACCACUCGAAAUCCGAGCAAAAAUAAAAGAACCGUGCGUGAAAAUGAGCUCCGAGUGCAGUUAUGCCCUGAGGGAACUUGCAGUCGGGAUCGAGAAGAUGACUCGUUCGUUGACAGCCGAUAUUCAUGUUGUAAAAGCAAAGGCGUCUGCCAAGAGGCUCAAAGCCCAACUGAAAACGGGCCUUUGGCCCGAUACUGAUCUGCUGGACAUAGUGCCGGCUGUCACGGUUGCUUCGCUGCUGGUCGAGAUCGUCUCGUGCACGGUGAAGAUAGCUGACUCGGUCUACGAACUCGCCUCGCUGUCGAAAUUCAAGACGCCCGAUGCGAAGAUGACGAAGCAGCUGAGCCUGGAAAGGGUGGUUUCUAGGACUGUUAGUAUUGAAGGAUCACACAAUGUUAAUAUCAUAGUUGAAUGAUUUGGCCAUUUGUAUGGCUAAUGACAACUUAUGUAGUCAGUUGGUGUGGACAUUUGAGAAUAUGAGUUUGUGAACAUUUAAGAAUAGGAGAAUGAAUAAUAACUCGGUUUGAGGACAANAGUAUUUCUAU